AUGCGAUUCACUGCAAGGGUGUGGAAAUCAUUCCUAGAGAAUAAAGGCCACGACGCGCAAUGCUUUCCGAACUUGAAGCUCAUCUCAGCAAAACCCGGCGUAGUUACAGCGUCUCUUCAAGUGGAACCGUACAAUGUAAAUCGGGUUGGGACAGGUCAGCUCUUUCAUGGUGGGCUCAUAUUGUCUCUGACCGACACUCUCGGAUCGCUUGCUGUUGCUACCAAGGGUCAAUACAUGACUGGUGUAUCGACUGACAUUGGGACAUCCUUUGUUCGCCCCGCAGGUCGCCCUGGCGACAUACUUCACAUGAAGUCUGAGCUCAUUGGAAUGGGUAAAUCACUGGCCUAUUCUCGGACUGAAUUCACCAACUCUGACGGACUCCUACUUGCCUAUGGAUAUCAUACAAAAUACGUCGGCAAAUCAUCUUCUCAUCCAAAAAACGUAGUUUUGUCAGAGGAUGGAGAGACAUUACUGGAGGGCGCAGAUGUUGAUUAG